CCAUUUGGAGUCAGUUGCAAAAAGAAUUGGAACCCGAGAGGAGGCUUUUAUAGUUAAAGAAAUCUUCCUCCUAUUCUUGCCAGUUACUUCAGAGAGAUUAAUAAUUUUUGCUAAUAGUUUUGCAAUUUUAUGAAAAUUUCUCGUGUUUCCUGUUCUUUUCGACCUUUCUCGGUCAUUAGCACGAAGAAAUCCAAUUAAUUGACUGUGAAUUGUUUUAGGGAAAAAACGCUUAAAGUGGUGUGUAUUGAGUAUUUUCAGCUGAUUUCGCGUAAUAAAUCAAACGGAUUCCCUUUGUGUUCUUGAGUGCAAAAAAAUCGUGAUUUGUAAAAUUUUAUAAAAUCGACUAACUGACGAUAAAAACGUGUGAUUGAUAAGAAAGUGAUUCUGUGAUCGAAGUACAAUUUUAAUUUUUCCCAAAAUGCUUAAUGUGAAUAAUAUGUGCUAAUUAAAAUUUCUUCAAAUACUUGCUGAGCUUUAAAGGCUUUAAACGAAAAUCUCAUUUUCCAACACCAAAGAACAAACAUGAACCAUGAAAAUGAGUUCAUGCUAACACAUGACAAAAAACUCGAAAUAUCUAUUUUAAAGUCCAACCAAUCGAUACUGGCACCAGAAAAACUUUUAAAAGAUGUUAAAGUAGAAAAAGAAUUAAUCAAUUUACCAUCUGAUGGAGCCCAACUCUACAAAAAUCCUAAAGAAAAUCUUGGAGUUAUUCACCAGCUCGUGGUCACUGGAGCUGUUCUCAUCUUGACGGCCGCAUGUGGAAUGCCCAUCGGCUAUUCAGCUGUGCUACUGCCACAGCUGAGCAAUACAACAGAUCCGUUGAUGAUGGGUGUGGAGAUGGCAUCUUGGGUGGCUAGUAUUCACAGUGCAGCUACGCCAAUUGGAUCCUUCACUUCAGGACCCACAAUGGAUAGAUGUGGCAGAAGAACAGCACUGCUCAUUUCCAUCAUACCUUUGGUCGGUGGAUGGACAUGUAUUGCUCUUGCUUCAUCUCAUGUGUGGCUCCUUAUUGGACGUAUUUUAGCAGGGAUUGCCGUAGGACUCAUUAGUGCUCCAGUACAGGUGUACAUUGCUGAGAUAUCUGAACCCAGACUCCGAGGAGUCCUCAUUGGAGCACCAUUCGUGGCCUAUUCGAUAGGCAUCUUACUGAUCUACGGACUUGGCUAUGCCCUCCAUUGGCGGACAGUAGCUUGGUGUGCUAUAAUUUUACCUUCAAUCUCCUUUGUGGCAGUCAUCUUCGCCCCUGAAACACCCACCUGGCUCAUUCGGCACAAUCGUACUCUCAAGGCUGCCAGUGCUCUGUCUUUCCUUCGAGGAGACGAGGAGAAGGCCAAACGGGAGCUACAGCAGCUAACACAGCGCUAUGAGCGCGAAAGGGCUUUUAUGACGGUGUCCAGCGAGAGAUUCGUCAACAUUCUCAAGCGCAAGUCUGUUCUGAAGCCCCUAGUCAUCAUCAAUGCCUUCAAUAUGCUACAGGUGUUUUCUGGUGUAUACCUGGUGAUUUUCUAUGCAGUAGAUAUCAUUCGGGAAUUUGGAGGGAAUGUUGUGAGUGCAGGAAUGGCUGCAGUCCUUACAGCAGCUGUCCGUCUUGUAUUUACAUUUAUCUACUGCUUUCUACUCAUGUACACUCGUCGUAGGAUGAUGGGCAUUGUAUCAGGAUUGGGCUCAGGAAUCUCAGCUACGGCUCUGGCCAUUAUCUUUUUUGCCAUUCCCAAUUCUGAGGAUAUGAGUACAGCAAUGAGAUGCUUUUGUGCUGUGCUGCUGAUUACCUACAUUGGUUGCAGCACGGGAUAUAUGGUGAUGCCAGGCAUAAUGGUGGGAGAACUGCUACCGGCCAAAGUCAGAGGACAAGUUGCAGGAUAUAUUUUUUGUCUUUUCAACAUUGGAAUAUUUGUGCUGGCCAAGGCAUAUCCGCUGAUCAGUGACAGUCUCAAGACAAGUGGACUGUUUCUCAUAUUUGGCAUUGCGUCGCUUCUUGGUGUGAUUCUCCUUCAUUUUAUGCUGCCAGAGAGCAAAGGGCAGACUCUAGGUGCCAUUGAGGAUUACUUUAUGCAGAACCCAUGGCUCUGGUCCAAGAGACAAUUCUGGUCAAGUCGUGGAGAUAUCAAUUAGAUCUGAAACAGCCACGGUUGCUAACUUGGGUGCUGAACAAGUGUACUUACAUUCCCAAAAUUUUCAUACAGUGACCGCCAAACAAAUUGUAACACUUUUAUUUCAGUAUUUUUUUUUAGAAUUUAAGUAUUGUCUAGAAAUCUUUUCAAGCCUAAAAGAUUAACUACUAAUCGUCUGUGCUAUAUUUUUGAUUAGUUUGACUAAAAUGGUUGAUUUGCCAUUUUCUAUCAAUAUU